AUGACCGCCCCAGCAACCCAAUCUUCCAACGACCAACUACUCACACAACCUCAGCAAGCAAUCCAGCCCACUUCUCCUGUGCUUGGUUUCGAUUUUGCUGGCGACACAUCACUUCCAGAUUUCAACCGCGACCUUGACGAGCUCAUCGCCGCCAUGUCGCAACGCGCCAAUGGGGAGGCGCGCACGCCUGGAGGACGUAACCGUCGCUCAGAUCGCCUCAGUCAAAAGGCAAACUCUGUUGUUGCAGAUUCAGUUGUCACCAACGCCACAGCGUCCGCCGCAGCGAAACGUACUACAACAACGUUAACCAAGGUCGCCAGUCGCAGAUCAAAUGCCUAUGGCGCGAGCGGUCGUACUGGUGCCCCAGAUAAGCUUCCGGCCGCUCCUGCCACAGGAUUCGCCCAGGCUAUGGAGAACCAGAUGGAGAAGUACGCCGACGAUGAGGAAGAGGAGGACCAUCAAAGCGAACAACAAAACCACGAGGAAGAAGGUGUCCAGGAACUUGGAAGUGAGCGCCAAUCGCGCUUCAUCAGGCAAAACCGCAACAGUGACAAGUUCUCACCCGACAAUGUGCGCAACCCCGGAUCAAAGUCAAAGGUCACUCCUGGCUACUCCUUCAUCGACAGUGAUGACUUCGACCACAGCGAUGAUGAUCUUGCGGCGUCUGUCGGCAAUACCACCAAGUCGUUCGGUCUUGCCCACGAGGCUGGUAUGUUAGUGUCCCAGGAUCCAUUCAUGGGCUCGCCUUUCCCAAAGCCUGCAGCAUCGACCCGCAAACCUGACCUUACAACAUCUACCAACACCACAAAGUCGAACGGCAUCACCCACGAGGCUGCUACUUCAGGCGCACAAGAUCCGUUCGUCAGGCCAGCAGUACCGAGUCGCAGGCCCGCCAGUCGUACCGUGAAUGGAGCAAGGACCCAAGGACCCACCCCCGUUUUAUCUCAAAGUUCUAUUCGUAACAGGGUCUCAGUGCAACCUCAGGUUCCUACUCCUGCCGAAAAUGCUAUCAAGGCACCCAUUCAAGGACAGUCCCAUAUCAGGGCAAACGUACAGCGGCCUACUGUUCGCGCUCCGUCAGCUGAAAAUGAAGGAUCUGUAAGAGAUCUAAUCGUCGAGGAGCAGACUAGACUUCAACAACAAGGCCCACCAUCGCAGUCACAGCGACAGUCAGAGCGACGCCGCCCGCACCAAAAGGACAGGGUCGAGCUCAACGCAUGGCUUGGCGAUGUUGAACCAGACGAGGUUGACGAGCCGGUAUGGGAAUGGAAAAAGCUUAUGAUUUGGGCGUUUGGUGGAUUGGCCGGGUUACUGCUGCUGAGCUACCUUAUCUCCUCCGCCAUGGUGGCCACGCCAUUCCCCGAAUCAGCCGUGCGUACGCCUGGAUUGGUGAAGGCUGUGGGCGCACGAGUCAGUCACACAUAUGAGAAGAUUACCGAGUUCAUCCUCCCUCCCACCGAGCACAAACUCACAGAGGCUGAACUGGCUCAAGCGUAUAAGAACAACGGCGACGAUAACCUCUUAUGGGGCCGCAUGUCCAACAUCGACAAGCGACACACGCAGCGCUUGGAGGAUGUUCGUGCAGAUAUGCGCACGACAAUCGAGGAGCUCAAGCAGGAGCUUCCUGAAGUCAUGAUCGUUCGCCGUAAUGAGGAUGGCACUUCUGAAAUCACGGAUGACUUCUGGAUGGCACUGACUGGCAAGACACGUUCAAGCAUGGGCGACAAAGAGUGGGCGCGCUACAUUGAACAGACCAAGACCAAGCUCGGCGAGCUCUUCGACACCACGGCCCAGCAAGAACGCAGCCACACUGAGAGCUGGCCACAGGCCGUCUCUCGUGAUGAGUUUGUCACCUUCAUGGAGCGCCGCUACGAGAACUUAACUGCUCAAGUCGACAAGAAGAUCGACGAAGCUAUCAGAGCCCAGAGCGCUCAGUUCAAGACGAUGGUGCAAGCAGAGGCCCGAAAGACCAUGAUGGACCAAAUUCGACUCAACUCUCUUGCGCAAGCCAACCUUGUCGCAAACUACGAACUCCACCUCACCAAGCCCAACUACUUCUCUCCUGGUCUAGGCGCCGUUGUCGAUCCAGACAUGUCUUCCGUCACAUACAACCACCGAGCUGGUCGACUCCACGGACUCAUCCGCCGCUGGGCCUUCGUCCCCCAUCGCAACCCACCCAUGGCCGCGCUGACGAAGUGGGAAGAGCCAGGCGACUGCUGGUGCUCUGCUGGUCAAGCGCCCGUUUCAAGCGGCCAGGCCCAACUCACUGUCAAACUCCCACGCCCCGUCAUCCCCAAGCAGGUCACCAUCGAGCACGUCCCCAUGAGCAUGAUGCCAGCGCGCAACAUCUCCAACGCGCCCCGCGACAUCGAGCUCUGGGUCCAGACAGACGCGCCCAUCAACCCCUACUACUCCCACCGCCAGGUCACCUGCCGCGACCCGCCACCACCCAGCUUCGACGGUCCCGCCUGGAAGUGUCUGGGAUCCUUCAAAUACAACAUCCACGCAUCCAACCACCUCCAGACGUUCGACCUCGCUGGCGAGCCGUCCGAACCCGUUUCGAAGGCCAUGGUACGUGUGACUAGUAAUUGGGGUGCUAGUCACACGUGCUUGUACCAGGUUAGACUGCACGGGACGGAUGCAGAGAAGGACUACGAGUACCCUGUGAGCCUAAUGGAUUAG